AUUAAACGAUUAAACACGAUUACUGGAGAUGCAACUUCAAUUAAUCUGCGCAAUAUUGUUGCUAGUCAGCAAAGUUUAUGGAUAUAACAGCGGUCCAUACGGUGCCUUGAGGGGCCAAAACAUACCCAUUGGCCUUAUCACUGACGAUGAGACGGACAGAGUACGCCACACUUUCGAAUAUGCCAUAUCAGUCGUAAACAACGAGCUGAGUAUGCCGAUUGUGGGUGAAUGGGAGCGGGUGGCCCAUGGAAAUUCCAUCGAAGCAUUUGGAAAACUUUGCCGCAUGAUGCAGAAGGGAGUAGGGGCCAUAUUUGGACCAGCAGCGAAAUAUACGGCCGCCCAUCUCCUCAAUGCCUGCGACUCCAAGGACAUACCCUUCAUAUAUCCGCAUCUAUCGUGGAGUACACGACCCGAAGGCUUCAACUUGCAUCCCCAUCCCGAGGAUAUUGCACAUGCGCUCUUCGACAUCAUCAAUCAGUUCAGUUGGUCUCGCUUUAUUUUUUGCUACGAGUCCUCCGACUACCUGACCAUUCUGGAUAAUCUAAUGUCACGGUAUGGCAUCAAAAGUCCUGUCAUCAAAGUCAUGCGAUACGACCUUCAUCUGAAUGGAAACUACAAGGCUGUUCUAAGACGUAUUCGCAAAUCGGAGGACAACCGUAUUGUGGUUGUGGGCUCCACCGCCAGUGUAGCCGAGCUGAUGCGACAAGCGCAGCAGGUGGGUAUCAUAAAUGAGGACUACAACUAUAUUAUCGGCAAUUUAGAUAUGCACACAUUCGAUCUGGAGGAGUACAAAUACAGUGAGGUUAACAUAACCGGCAUACGGAUGUUCUCGCCGGAUCAGCCUUUAGUGCGGGAUUUAAUGGAGCUGCUGCGCCAAGAGCUGGGUGAUGAAGAGCCAACAAAUCCUGGCUCUACAACUAUUACAAUGGCCAUGGCGCUGACCUUUGAUGCCGUGCGGGCUUUUGCCGAGACCACAAAACAUCUGUCCUAUCAUCCGGAAGUGCUAAAUUGCUCCGAACGGCACGAUAAUGUUCAACCCGAUGGCACAACUUUCAAUAACUACAUGCGGUCUCUUAUUGUCAAGGAAAACACUAUGACGGGCCCAAUUGCCUUUGAGGGCCAUAUACGCAAAGGCUUUACAUUUGAUGUCAUUGAGUUGCAACCCACGGGUAUUGUGAAAAUAGGCACGUGGGAAGACGGCCAGGAUUUUGAGUUUCAGCGACCGCCACAAGCUACAAAACUGAUAGAUGUGGAUGAAAACUCCUUAGUCAAUAAGACCUUCAAGGUGCUCAUUUCUGUGCCGAACAAACCCUAUGCAAGUUUGGUGGAGAGCAUUGAAACGCUUCAUGGCAACAACCAAUAUGAGGGUUAUGGCAUCGAUCUCAUCAAAGAGCUAGCUGAGAAACUGGGUUUUAAUUUUACAUUUCACAAUGGCGGAAAUGAUUAUGGUUCCUUCAAUAAAACCACAAAUAUGACAACCGGCAUGUUAAAGGAAAUUGUCGAAGGCCGCGCUGAUCUUGCCAUCACGGACUUGACCAUUACCUCCGAACGCGAGGAAGCCAUUGAUUUCUCUAUACCUUUUAUGAAUCUUGGUAUAGCCAUUCUUUAUAUCAAGCCUCAAAAAGCUCCACCUGCACUCUUCUCCUUCAUGGACCCUUUUUCCAAGGAUGUGUGGCUAUAUUUGGGCAUAGCCUAUAUAGGUGUUUCUUUGUGCUUCUUUAUCUUGGGACGUCUGUCGCCUACCGAAUGGGAUAAUCCUCUACCUUGCAUUGAGGAGCCAGAGGAACUGGAAAAUCAGUUCACGUUAAACAAUUCGCUGUGGUUCACAACUGGUGCCUUGUUGCAGCAAGGCUCUGAAAUAGCGCCCAAAGCUCUAUCCACACGAGUGGUGGCAACAAUAUUUUGGUUCUUUACGCUCAUUAUUGUCUCCUCAUAUACAGCCAAUUUGGCCGCCUUUUUGACUAUUGAGAACCCCACAGGCCUUAUAGACGAUGUCGAUGAUUUGGCCGACAACAAAGGCGGUGUACAAUAUGGUGCUAAGCGUACGGGUUCAACGAGAAACUUUUUUUUGACUUCAGAGGAUGAAACAUAUAUGAAAAUGAACGAGUAUAUGACCAAUCAUCCGGAAAUGUUAACCGAAACUAAUCAAGAGGGAGUGGAUAAAGUAAAAUCGGGUACACAGUAUGCCUUCUUAAUGGAAUCAACCUCCAUCGAGUUCAAUACAGUAAGGGAAUGCAACCUGAAGAAAAUCGGAGACGCGUUGGAUGAGAAGGGUUACGGAAUAGCCAUGGUUAAGAAUUGGCCAUAUCGCGAUAAAUUCAACAAUGCUCUUCUGGAGCUGCAGGAGCAGGGUGUCCUUGCUAGGCUUAAGAACAAAUGGUGGAAUGAAGUCGGUGCUGGAGUUUGUGGAGCCAAAAGCGAAGACGAUGGUCCCGACAAAUUAGGUGUCGAUAACCUUGGUGGCGUUUAUUUUGUGCUGGGCGUAGGAACAUGCCUAUCCGUGGUCUUUACGAUCAUGUACUGGUGUAUCUUUGUUAUAAAGAAAGCGCAUUUCUAUCAGGUACCCUUUACAGCCGCUCUGGGUGAGGAAUUUAAGAUAGUAAUUAACUUUUCGAAAAAUGAGCUAGCCCUCAAAAGCGCUCAGUCAGUGUACUCAAGAAGUCGCAACUCUUCGCAGUCCAUCGAUUCACUCGAAACCGAUUCAGAUGAGGACCAACAAGACGAUGAUCGGUGCUUUUUUCUCAACGCGUGUGGUAUAUCGGAAGACAUCGAACUCAUCAUAUUAAAAUUUUUAUGCAACAAUAAAAUGCAAGGCGUAUAUCAUUCAAUUGGUUUUUCAAUACUUCUAAUAUACAUUGUCCCAAUUAUUGAAGCACAAUAUGAUACUUACUCGUUUGGCCGUGAGGAAAGACUUCAAAAUCAGGCAGAGUAUGAUGGUUACAACCCUGAGGAAAUGCUAAAAAAUAUGGGCCCUGUACCAAUCGGUCUACUCACCGAUCAGGAUACAGAGAAAAUGAAUAUUGUCUUCGAUCAUGCUAUUGAGGUGGCUAAUAUUGAGCUUGGUACAACCUUGACAUCCCUGAAGGCAGAAGUAAAUUACGGCGAUGCCUAUCAAAGCUACAAUAGACUCUGUAUGAUGCUGGAGACUGGUGUAGCUGGAAUUUUUGGGCCCUCAUCGCAACACACAGCCGUCCAUUUAAUGUCCAUAUGCGAUGCCAUGGAUAUACCACACAUAUUUUCUAGUACGAGCGAAUAUUCGGAAGGCUUCAAUUUGCAUCCACAUCCAGCGGACAUAUCGAAGGCAUUAUAUAGCCUCAUAAUGUCAUUUGAAUGGUCGCGGUUCAUAUUUCUCUACGAAUCGGCGGAAUAUUUGACCAUACUUAAUGAGCUCACAACACUAUUUGGAAUAAAUGGACCGAUUGUUACCGUCCUGCGCUACGAUAUGCAAUUGAAUGGAAACUAUAAGCCGGUUUUACGACGCGUUCGCAAGUCCGUGGACAAUCGCAUAGUGGUCGUGGGAUCUACAGAGACCAUGCCCGAGUUCCUUAAUCAGGCACAACAAGUGGGAAUUAUCAAUGAAGAUUACAAAUUUAUAAUUGGAAAUUUGGAUUUCCAUUCCUUUGACUUGGAGGAGUACAAGUACAGUGAAGCCAACAUUACAGGCUUGCGAAUGUUCUCGCCCGAGAAAAUGGCUAUAAAGGAGUUGCUUCAAAAAAUCGGUUACAACAUGGAGCAGGACGAGUUGAGAAAUGGCUCCUGUCCGAUUACUGUGGAAAUGGCACUCACCUACGAUGCCGUCCAAUUGUUUGCUGAAACUCUGAAGGAACUACCUUUUAGUGUAGCUCCUCAAAAUUGUUCGCAGCGCACGGAAAAUGUACGAGAUGAUGGUUCUUCAUUCAAAAAUUAUAUGCGCACGCUGCGUCUUAAAGAUCGUUUGCUCACUGGACCCAUAUACUUUGAGGGCAACGUUCGCAAGGGCUACCAUUUUGAUGUAAUAGAGCUGCAGCCCUCGGGCAUUGUAAAAGUCGGCACCUGGGAUGAGGAACGAGACUACAUACCGCAACGUUUACCGCCCACAACUACGCUGUUCGAUAACAUAGAUAAUUCGUUGUCCAACAAGACUUUUAUAGUUCUGCUCUCAGUACCGAACAAACCUUAUGCCAGUUUGGUUGAGAGCUUCAAAAAACUGGAGGGAAACAGUCAGUACGAAGGCUAUGGGGUUGAUCUCAUAAAAGAGCUGGCUGACAAGCUAGGCUUUAACUUUACGUUCAACAAUGGUGGCAACGACUAUGGUUCUUAUAACAAGUACACCAAUGAGUCCACUGGCAUGCUUAGAGAGAUUAUGCAUGGUCGCGCUGAUUUGGCAAUAACGGAUCUUACAAUUACCUCGGAGCGUGAGGAGGCCAUCGAUUUUACAAUACCAUUUAUGAAUUUAGGCAUUGCCAUACUCUAUUUGAAACCCCAAAAGGCACCACCAGCACUGUUUACCUUUAUGGAUCCAUUCUCUGAGGACGUUUGGUGGUUUCUAGGCCUCUCAUUUCUGGGCGUCUCAUUGAGUUUCUUUAUACUGGGUCGCCUAUCGCCAGCCGAAUGGGACAAUCCCUAUCCUUGUGUGGAGGAGCCCACAGAACUGGAAAAUCAAUUUACCAUAGGCAACUCCAUUUGGUUCACUACCGGAGCACUCCUGCAGCAGGGCUCAGAAAUUGGACCCAAAGCGCUUUCUACGCGGGUCGUGGGCACAUUUUGGUGGUUCUUCACCCUUAUUGUGGUAUCCUCCUAUACGGCCAACUUGGCCGCCUUUUUGACCAUCGAACAGCCACAGAGCUUGAUCGAUAGUGUUGACGAUUUAGCUGAUAACAAAGGUGGUGUAGUAUAUGGUGCUAAACGCACGGGCUCUACCAGAAACUUUUUUAUGACAUCUGAGGAUGAACGUUACAAAAAAAUGAACCAAUUUAUGAUGGAAAAUCCCGAGUACUUAACUGAGACUAAUCAGGAGGGCGUCGAUCGUGUCAAAACAAGCACCAAAUAUGCAUUUCUCAUGGAGUCCACGUCUAUUGAGUACAACACAAAGCGCGAGUGUAACCUAAAGAAAAUUGGCGAGGCCUUGGAUGAAAAAGGAUAUGGCAUAGCCAUGCGGAAAAAUUGGCCACAUCGCGAUAAAUUCAACAAUGCGCUGCUCGAGCUUCAGGAACAAGGCGUUCUCGAGAAAAUGAAGAACAAAUGGUGGAAUGAAGUGGGCACUGGCAUUUGUGCAACCAAAGAGGAUGCUCCCGAUGCUACACCCUUAGCUAUGGACAAUUUAGAAGGGGUGUUUUUCGUACUGCUCGUCGGCAGUUGUUGCGCAAUAUUCUAUGGGAUUGUAAGUUGGGUGCUCUUUGUAAUAAAAAAGGCACGACACUAUCAGGUGCCACUGCGUGAGGCAUUAAAAGAAGAGUUCAGAUUUGUGAUUGACUUUAACAAUUAUGUGCGCGUACUGAAGAGUUCCGCUUCAGUUUACUCCCGCAGUCGUCAGUCUUCCAUGUCAGUGGCCUCCAUGGCUGAGUGACAAGCUACUACCUUGGCUUUAAACAGUUGGACAAUUUGAUUCUUUAUUGAAAAUGGAAUGAUGAACUAUUAAGAACUAUUUCAGUUGGUAAAUGUUUACAUAACAAUAUGUGUCAAAGCUUUUGAAUAAGAAAUAGAUAGUUUAGCAAAAUACAACAA